CCUCGCCUUGCCAAAUUUCGAAAGCUAAGCAUCCUCUUUUUACGGCCGACUCGCCCUUGGCAAUUAAUGCAAGCGCGACCUCGAGGUCGCUCGGCAAUUUUGAGCAAGGCGCUUGGCACGACAUUUCGGGUCGUCUGAUGCUAGCCACCGCAAAGAGACGUGCCAGAAAUAUUCCACAAGCUGUGAUCUUGCUCCCCUCCGGCAACGUCACCCCUUAUUCGUGAGCCUCCCGAGUUGGUUGGUCGAGAAACAUAUAAGAAGGAAGAAUGCGCUGCCCUCAAUCUUUCAACUUCUUACGUCCUCGAUAAGCAUACGCUCAGUGCCAAACAUUUCACUUCACCAAGCUCUAAGCGACCCAUCCCAAAAUGCACUACCUCCGUCUCCUGGCCCAUGCUCUGCCUCUUGUUGGGGCGGCCUCAGCUGCUUGCACAAGCGGCGGUCCUGCCUGCAGUGCCGAUGGAGAUUGCGCUCAAUUCUUCCCGGCCAACACGCCUGCACCAAGCAACCCGGCUGACUGUCAAGCAGCCAUCGACAUGAUUGGAAGUCGUGGCGAGAAUGGUCACACCAACUACUGUUGGAACAAGGGCUCGUGCACGCUAACCAUGCAAAUGGCCGACGGUGUGGACAUCAACCAGGCGAAGGCGGACUUUAACAAGCUACUGAGCACAUGCAACAAGGGCUUGGGUGGUUAUGCCACCACUAACGGUGGUGCUCUGCUCUACAUUGAGGCCAACCCCGGCCCUGACGGAACGCUCAAGUACCCUCGUUGCCAAAUCAUCGAUUUCUAAUAAGAUUUCUCUCCAGCGCGGUGCUCAAAAGAGUUGACAGCUUGUGUGCCUCGAGGGACACAACACGCUUCUCCGCAUCGACCACAACGACUUUGUCCACAAACAACAACGCAAUUCAACAUUUGCACUCCUCCAGGAGCUCG